AUGGAGGACUUCAAAUCCCACUCAAUACCCUUCCAAUCUCCAGUCUUCACUUUAGCGACACACCCUUCCGAGCCACUAUUUACAGCGGGACUCCUGUCAGGUCACGUAUACACUUACACAUGGCCCAAAGAAGUCCCAUCGGACGAUGAAGCCGAAGCUGAAGAUGGUCUCCCCGGUGGCUACAAAGUCGCAUGGAAAACUCGACGUCACAAGGGUAGCUGUCGCAGUGCAGCUUACAGUAAUGAUGGCCAAGUUCUAUACACAGUCGGCACCGACUCGUUAAUAAAAUGUGCUUCCACCAGCACAGGACAAGUCAUCUCGAAGGCCCUCGUCCCUUCCUCGGACUCGUCGGACUCUCCGACUCACAUUCACCCAUUAAACCCCCAUCAUCUCCUACUUGGCACUGAUUCCGGCACGAUCCACCUGUAUGACACUCGAACCUCCCUCCCUUCAAAGCCAGCUACAACAUGGUCGUCCAUUCACGAUGAUUACAUCUCCUCCAUUUCAUCACUCCCACCAACCUCCGAGAGCACCUCAAACCUACCCAAACAAUUCGUCGCAACUGGUGACUCAACAUUAUCCUACCUGGACGUUCGAAAGGGUCUCAUCCAAAAAUCUGAUGGUCAAGAAAACGAAACAUUAACAUCAUGUGUCGUUUCUGGUGUUGGGAAAGGUGGAAGGUCUACUCGUGCAUAUGUUGGUAUGGGUGAUGGUAUCAUCCAUGCCUUCGAACGUGGGGUUUGGGGUGAUAUGUGUGAGAGGAUUAAGAUUGGAGGGAAGGGGGAUGAUGUAGAUUGCGUGGAGGAGUAUGUACAAGAAGGUGAUAUGGAAGUUACAAAGGGAAGGUGUAUUGUCGCUGGAUGUGGAGAUGGGACGGUGAAGGUUGUAAGGUUGGGUGGGAAUAAAGUGGUUAGGGUGUUUGAGCACGCGGUUGGGGAGGAUGCAGAGGAGGAUGGGGUCACAGCGAUAAAAUUUGACUGUGAUGGAGCCAUGAUGACAGCCGGUGGAAGUGUGGUGAAGAUUUGGUAUCAAGACUUUAGAGUCGCGAAGGAGGAUGAAGAUGAUACAGAUGAUAAAGAUGAUAAGGAAGAGAAGAAACAGGACGACAGUGACGAUGACUCGGAUAGCGAUUCUGAUGACUCUGACAAACCUGCAGCAAAGUCGAAAGGCAGGAAAUUGCAAUCCGAUUCCGAUGAUAGCGACGAACCUAGUGGCUCGAAGAGUAGCCAGCGUCGAAAGAAGAAGCGAAAGAACAAACAUCAGGGGGUUGGCCCUAAGAAGUCACUGUUUAGUGGACUCGACUAA